AUGUCGCGCCGCCUCUCGCGUAGUCGAUUGCCGGUGCACCCAGCCGUCCCGUUGGUGGCCUUUGGCGCGGGCGUGCUGCUCGCCUCCGACCCUGAGCAACCUGCGCGGUUCACGGCCUACGCUGCGUCGGCAAGGCGAGCCGUCAGGCUCGCUGGCGCCUGCUCGCUGGUCGCUUUCGACUACUCGCGUGCGAAGCGCUCGCUCAUAGCCGCGGAGAAGGCCGAGUUUUUGGACGGCGACGCGGCUCACUGGGAGCUGCAGGUAGCUUCAGGCAAGGCCGAGCGGCUGAGGGCGGACGCUGUGAGGCGCGGCGAGCCGAGCGCAGUGCUCGAGGAGGAGGCGCGGCGCACGCGCGAGGAGGCGGCAGCGUACGGAGAGGCGCUCGCCGGGCGCAGGCUCGAGGCCGGCCAGCGGAGUGGCCGCGCCGCAGCGUGGGAUGAGGUCCACGAGCGCAACGCGGCCCGCCUGCUCGCGCUGUGCAUCGCCAACGGCGGCGUGUACGUCAAGCUCGGGCAGCACGCGGCGCAGCUCGACUACCUGCUGCCGCCGCAGUACACGCGCACGCUGCACCAGCUCUUCGAGCACAACCGCGCCUCGUCGUACGAGGACGUGUCGCGCGUGAUUGAGGAGGAGCUGGGCGCGCCGCCCGAGGCGCUGUUCGGGAGCUUCGAGCGCGCGCCGAUCGCGUCGGCGAGCCUCGCUCAGGUGCACCGCGCGACGGAGCACGGCACGGGCGCGCCGCUCGCCGUCAAGGUGCAGCACGCCGGGCUGCGCGAGGAGUGCGCCUCCGACCUGCAGGCGGUGGGCCUCGCCGUCGCCGCCGCCGAGUGGCUCUACCCGGACGACUUCCGGCUCGGCUGGACGCCGGCGGUCGUUGGUGCGCUCACGUCGGCGCGCGUGCUGACGAUGACGUACGAGGAGGGCGUCAGCGUCACGGACGUGGCGGGGCUGCGGCGGCUCGGCCUCGAUCCCAACGAGGUGUCGCGGCUGCUGUGCGAGGCGUUCAACGCCAUGAUCUUCGACGGCGGCUUCGUGCACUGCGACCCGCACCCGGGCAACGUCCUCGUGCAGCUGGUCCUGCUCGACCACGGCUUGUACCGGGACCUCCCGCGCGCGUUCGCGCUGACCUACUCGCGGUUGUGGCACGGCGUCGUUCUCGGCGACGCCGACGCGAUCCGCGAGGCGGCCGAGGAGAUGGGCGUGGGGCAGUACUACCCGCUGCUCGCGGCGAUGCUGACGGCGCGGCCGUGGACGGACAUCCUGCGCGCGGGCGACACGGGCGACGCGCGCGCGCUGCAGGAGAAGGGCACCGCCGCCGACAAGAAGCAGAUCGCCGGCUACGCCGCGCAGUACGCCAAGCACAUCGGGAUCGUGCUAGACCUGGUGCCGCGGCCGCUGCUGCUGCUCUUCAAGACCAACGACUGCCUGCGCCACGCCGAGCGGCAGCUCGGCGCCGCCGGCGGCGCUCUCGCUGUCGCCCGCCUCCGCCAAGCGGCAAGGUGA